UUAAACUAGCGGAGGCAGAGGCGUCAGUUGCAGGCAGUAACACUUAUGGGAGGGGGCCGAGGCGUCGUGGAGCAGCAGGGCGAGCUGCGCCGGCGACAAUAGUAGCGUUUCUCGCCUUGAGAAAUAGAGUUCUCCGACGAUGGAACGAGAAGUACGGCAACUGUCAUUGCCGAAGUAUUGUAGGGCAGCGCUCUGCGCUGCACGGCUAUCCGCCGAUUAAUACUUCCUUAUCCUCUGCUUUACCGCAGAGACUCCUAUUCCUAAAGAGCCCGCCCGCCUUCCUUAUGCCCAGGCCCCCGCCGUCAGCCACGGGCCGCGCCCGCCCCGCCGCGCCCAGCGGCAGCGCCCCCGGCGCCCUCUCCAGCACGGGCGCCGGCCGCGGGCGGGGCGGCAGUGCCCACCGCGGCCGCGGUUCAAGGCCCAGCGUGCCGCGCCCGUCGCAGUGCCUGUCCCGCCGCCGAGCGGUCGCGGCCGUGGCGCGCCACAGUCCAGCGCGCUGCCAUCCGUGACCAUGCGCUCGCGCGCGCGUGCCACGCCGGCGCCCUAGCCCGGCCGGGCCGCCGGCCAUCACGCCGGCGCCGGCCGGCCACUGCCAACGCCGGGAGCAUCGUUGUCCGGUUGCGGUGCAUUGCCGGCCACUGGUGUGGCUUGGUAUGUUUGAGGUGUAUUGCUGGCCACUGGUGUGGUCCAGUAUGUUUAAAGAGUAUUGCCGGCCACUAAUGCAACAUAAACAUCGGGGUUUUGGAGGUAAUCGUCGGUCGUUUCGGUUGAGGUAGCGGGGAAUUGUAACGAGACGAUUGGGACAAGGAUGGAUACACUGGGCAUAAGCCGACCGGGAGUUGAGUGCCGGUCAGGGUCAGGACAGGGCUUAUGCCUGCCUCUUGUACUGUAAGUUCCGAGGAGGAGAAUGUCACCACCCGGGCCCGGUGGCGCGCACAAAAGCACAGAACAGGCACGCGGAGAGGACAAACAAAGCCCACGACUUACCUGGCGACCAGGAAAGCAACCCUGAUGCCAGGCAGGGAGCGUCAGGCCAGAAGCGCGACAUGUGAUAAAGGGGAAAGGCAAAAUCCGAAAGGGCACGGCACAGUGAAAGGGCCGAGGCGCGUUGGCGGAUAGAGAAGGGACAACACAGACAAGACUGCACACAAGCCCAGGCGGCGAAAGAGGCAGAGUGGGCGCAAGGCAGGGGUUCAGGGCAAGGGGCACACGGCAUGGCGGUGCAGGGCCAGUUACCGCAGCAGCCGCAGCAGCAGCCGCAGCAGCUGCAGCAGCAACAACAGGCUCAAAUACAGACAGACACCCAACAAGCGAUUGACACGGCAGUGAUCGACUUGUGCGGUCGCUUAAAAGCAUUCACAGCACUGGGAGUGCCACGGAAGGGCUGGGAUCAAGUGGGUGCGCAGCAUUUAGUAAACGGCCAGUUGUGCUGUCACACAGGUAUGAACGCAGAACAACCCGCUCAGGCCAUCACGGACAAUGACAAGGACUAAGCACGGUUCCACAGGUGCAAGAGGGUGGGCUAGAGAGGGUCAGGGUUUCUGCUUUCCGUUUUCUGUUUAUGUUAGUGGGUGGGCUGGGGGGCUUCACCAGGGCCAGCGAUGCAGGGUGUGGUUUCUGCCAGAGAGUGGCCCCUGCUGGUCCUUUUGAGGGGGCUUGGUUAGCUUGCUUUAUGCGCCCUAAGCGCCUUGCUUUCCCUCUGUUGUGGCCAGGGGUGUUGUUUGUGGCAGGGCGGCCUUGUGUGUGUUUCUGGCCUUGGCAGGCGGUGUUUUCCCUGGACUGUGUUUUUGUCUGGUGUGUACGUGUGGUGUGGUGUGAAGGAGGCAGUUGUGUCUGUCCCUCUGAGGCCCCGCCCUAGCCUGCUGGCUGUUGUGGUAAAGAAGGCGUGAGCCUUGUGUCCCCGUGUCUCUUUUGUCUUGACCAGGAUACCCCCUGCUGUGUCAGGCGUGCUUAGGGGUGAGCAUGUGGAACGCGCCCAACCAACACUAGGGCUUGUCAGCCCUAGUCAUCAGCGGCUUCAACAGUACCAAAUGUAAUUAUCCUCCCUC